AUGGAAGAUGUUUCAUUCAAGACCGCAGUGGGCUCUACGCUACAGUACUUUAAGCGCGGUACUGGUCCUAUCAUGAUUGUGUCGCCACCCGCCUGGGGACUUUCUUCAAAGUAUCUUCAAGAGACACUCACACCACUGGAAGAGACGUUUACUCUCGUCUAUCUCGAAUUCAGGGCAAAUGGAAAGUCUACACGGCCGGAUCCAUCUGAAAUGUCUUGUUGGCACCUUGCAGAUGAUGUAGAGUACCUUCGUCAGGAACUGGAGUUGGGAAAGAUUCCGCACUUAUUGGGACACUCUGGAGGCGGCACAAUUGCUCUCUGGUAUGCCAUCAGAUAUCCCGACAAGGUGGACCGCCUGGUUCUCUUGAACCACCAUCUUGAUGGUUUUAAUGAUGGUAAAUCUAUGAAAGAGGCGAUUGUUGAAAAGUCGCGGAACCCAAAAAUGCACGAUGCAAUCAAGGCCUGGACUACUUCAUGGGAGGAUCUUUCCGAUGAGGGAUUCGCCCAAGUCAUUCGAUCUUUUCUCCCAGUGUACUUUUACGAUCCUGAUGCUUCAACUCAGUCCACGGAAUUGAGCAACAUUCAAAGCGUCUCUUUGUGGAAUUAUCAACUGUUACAUGGGACAGAUCGAAAAGUGAAUUAUCAAGAGCCGGAACUUGGCAAUGUUACGGCAAAGACAUUAAUGAUCUUUUGUCAAGCGGAUCCGGUGUGCACACCAACGCAAGGGAUAGCGACUCACAAAGGAAUUCCAGGAUCAAAGCUCGUUAUCUAUGAGCAAUGUGGCCAUUUUCCAUGGAUGGAAAAAAAGGAAGAGACAUUUAAAGAAAUUGUCGACUUUUGUUCAUAG